CCCCGGAAGGUACUCCGUAAAUAUGCCCGCAUGCUCCCUCCUAGCAGCGUAACUGCCAGCCAUGAGAGAGGCAACAGGAACGGCACGCCUGUUUCACAGGCUCAGUACCAUACUGCUAACAUUUUUGUUGGUUCCGCGUCUCGUUGGAGCGAGACCCUACCCCGUCCAUUGGGCAGAUGAUAAUAACGGCCGCCAACGCAUCAGUCUCAACGAGGGCUGGAAGUUUUCACGUUUCACUUCGAAUCCGGACUCGCUCUCGUACGACUCUCUAAAGUCGUGGAUCCUGCCAUCCGCCAAUAACUUCAUCAAGGGUGACAAGCACCAGCCCCCGUCCGGAACACCCCCCGGCAGCAAUGUUCAGUAUGUGCAACCGGAUUUUGACGACCGCGACUGGGAGUCCGUUGACCUGCCGCACGACUGGGCCAUCAAGGGGCCGUUCAACGCUCCCGGCGUGAGCGGAGGCAUGGGGCGCCUGCCCUCGAACGGCGUGGGAUGGUACCGUCGGACGUUGACCAGAUCCCCCGAGGACGAAGACAAGUCCAUCUUCCUCGACAUUGACGGUGCCAUGUCGUAUGCCGCCGUCUGGCUCAACGGCCGUUUGAUCGGUGGGUGGCCGUACGGGUACGCCUCAUUCCGCCUCGAUCUCACGCCCUACCUGGACGGCGGCGACAACCUGCUUGCUAUCCGGCUGGAGAACGCGCUAGACAACUCGCGAUGGUAUCCCGGCGCGGGCAUCUACCGCAACGUCUGGCUGGUCAAGGUCAACCCGACCCAUGUCGGCCAGUACGGGACGUACAUCACCACGUCGGACGUGUCGGAGGAGAAGGCCACCGUCCACCUCACGGUCGAUGUGGAGAACGGCGGUGCAUCCGACACGACGGUAGACGUGGUAACGGAAAUCCACCUGCUUGACCCGGCUACGGGGACUCCCGGAGAAGAGGUCGUGGCGCAGUUCGAGAAAGCCACGGUAGCCGUGCCGGCCGGGGGGAAGAUGUCGGUCAGCGGCUCGACAGCGGUGAGGAACCCGCUGCUCUGGGGUCCCCCGCCCGAGCAAGAGCCGAACCUGUACGUCGCGACGACCAGGUUGACGGUCAACGGCACCGUCAUAGACACCUACGAGACCCCCUUCGGUAUCCGCUCCGUCACCUUCGACGCGAACCAGGGCGUGUCGGUCAACGGCAAGCCGGUCAAGAUCUGGGGCACGUGCAACCACGGCGACCUCGGCUCGCUCGGGACGGCCUUGAACACCCGCGCCCUGGAGCGGCAGCUGGAGGCGCUCCGAGAGAUGGGGAGCAACGCGCUCCGCACCUCCCACAACCCCCCGGCCCCGGAGUUCCUCGACCUGGCCGACCGGAUGGGCUUCCUGGUGCUGGACGAGAUCUUCGACACGUGGGCGGACCGGAAGACGACCAACGACUUCCACGCCAUCUUUCCGGACUGGCACGAGCCCGACCUGCGCGCCUUUGUCCGCCGCGACCGCAACCACCCGUCCAUCAUCGCGUGGUCCUACGGCAACGAGAUCCCCAACCAGUCCGGCUCGGCCACGGGCGCGACCGCCCAGGCCCUCCACGGCAUCCUCGUCGAGGAGGACCCGACCCGGCCGUCCACCUGCGCCAUGAACUCGGCGGGGCCCGGCAGCCCGCUGGCCGACGCGCUCGACAUCAUCGGCCUCAACUACCAGGGCGAGGGGCUCGGCACGUCGACCGACGGCUCCUUCGACCGCUUCCACGCCGCAUACCCGGGCAAGGUCGUCUGGAGCAGCGAGAGCGCGUCGGCGCUCAGCACGCGCGGCACCUACCUGUUCCCCGUGACGUCGGGGAACCACGCCGACGUGGGCGACGGCCCGGGCCAGGGCGGCGACGGGCGGGACUACCGGGUGAGCGCGUACGAGCUGUACGCGACCAGCUGGGGGUCGUCCCCGGACAAGGUGUUCGCCGCGCACGACGCGCACCCCUACGUCGCCGGCGAGUUCGUCUGGACCGGCUGGGACUACCUGGGCGAGCCGACCCCCUACGACGGCGACGACGGCGCGCGGAGCUCCUACUUCGGCAUCAUCGACCUCGCCGGCUUCAGGAAGGACCGCUUCUACCUCUACCAGGCCCGCUGGCGGCCCGACCUGCCCAUGGCCCACCUGCUGCCGCACUGGACCUGGCCCGACCGCGUCGGCCAGGUCACGCCCGUGCACGUCUUCUCGUCCGGCGACGAGGCCGAGCUGUUCGUCAACGGCAAGUCGGCGGGGCGGCAGAAGCGCGGCCGGGGCCAGUACCGGUUCCGGUGGGACGACGUCGUGUACCAGCCGGGCAACGUCAGCGUGGUCGUGUACAAGGACGGCGAGGAGUGGGCGCGGGACGCCAGGUGGACGGUCGGGAAAGCCAAGGGGCUGACCCUGACGGCCGACCGGGCCGAGAUCAGGGGGGACGGCCGCGACCUGUCGUUCGUCACCGUGGCCGUCGUCGACGAGAACGGCGACACGGUGCCCGAGGCCGGCAACGCCAUCGCGUUUUCCGUCUCCGGUCCCGGCCGGAUCGUCGCGACCGACAACGGAGACCCGGCCGACAUGACCGAGUUCCCGUCCCUUACCCGGAAGGCCUUCAGCGGUCUCGCGCUGGCGAUCGUUCGGGCGGAUAAGGGCGCUUCCGGAGACAUCACCGUCACGGCUUCCGCCGAGGGUCUCGAGACGGCGGAGGUGGUGAUACGAGCUGCUUAAUUAAUGAAUUGAAAUGAAUGGGUAAUUAGGAUAUUAGGUAAUUAGGUAGAGCGAUUUGACAAUGGGAGUCCUGUCCCUAGGACUCGGAGCAGCUCUAGAGGAGGAGGGAAUGUUGUACGUAGGUCAUCAUACCAACGUAAUUUCGACAACCGGAAGGACUUAACACUGCGAUCGAGUAGAACUCAUCCCCGUCGACCAUGGGCGGCGGCAAGAUGUGUUUGUCGUCAUGGCUCACGGCCAUGAAGCCAUUACCGACUGUCAAGAGUUAAUUAGCCUGCUCACUCUGGGACAACCUGCUGGGAAAGAGUGUGUUUACUCGGCAUGAACGACACCCAGUAUUCGUAUGUGGCGUUGGCGUUGGCGGUUGUCUCGUGAUCGGGGGUCGACAACGGAUCGUCUUCGAACAAUACCGGCACAACAGGGACUAGCAAAGGGUCAGCGUUU